AUGAUUAUCUCUCCUGCUGCUGAUAAAGACAUAGAUGAAUGUGUGGAGGGCUCUCCAUGUGAUGAGAAUGCGGUGUGUCAUGAUGAAGACGGCUCCUUCACCUGUGUCUGCAAUGAAGGGUACUCAGGGAAUGGAAUAGUGUGCACCGAUGUUGACGAGUGUGAAACUGGGCACAGUUGCCACCAGAAUGCAGACUGUAUCAAUAAUCCCGGUUCCUUCUCCUGUCAAUGCCACAAUAUGUUCCAAGGAGAUGGCUUCAACUGCACUAAUAGCAAUUACUUUGAUAUUCGACUAAGAGGCCUGGGGUCUCCGUGGAAAGGCAGGGUGGAGAUUCUCUAUGAUGUAACAAACAAUUACUGGGGUACUCUCUGUGGAUAUAACAUACCAUCUGCUCAGGUGAUAUGUCGGCAACUUGGAUUUUUUCACGGCUAUCUACAACAACAAUAUCAAGUUAGACUGGUUGAUGGAAAUCCAUGGGAAGGCAGAGUAGAAAUUUUGAUUGACUUAGCCAGCAGACACUGGAUUCUUGUUCACUGGAUUCUGAGUGUCAUGAAAGUGCGUUUUGUGGCUCAGCUAGUGCCUGUGUCUGUAACUCUGGCUACUGGGGCUCUGGAAGAUGGUGUGGCACUGGCAGUCACGACAGACUAUACACUAGUCAAUUGUCACGCAACCUGCUCUUUUCGUUGCCAGCAGUUCACGUUUUGGCCGACUGAAAAGGAUGUCAAUGAAUGUGUUGAGGGUACUCACUCCUGUAAUGCCAAUGCCAACUGUGUCGACACUGACGGCUCCUAUGUGUGUGAGUGUCGACUGGACUUCACUGGAGACGGAUGGACAUGCAGCUGUUGUACGGAUGGGGCAAUUGCACUAGGGAGCACAUCAGCUGCUGGUACAGUCAAAGUCUGUUACAACAACACAUAUGGCACGGUGUGUGAUGACUACUGGGAUGACCUAGAUGCCAGCGUUGUCUGUAACUACCUUGGACUUUCAGGGACUGGUUCAGUUGCAGUGAAGAAUGCCAGAUUUGGUGAAGGAAGUGGUCCCAUUCUGCUGGAUGAUUUACACUGCACCGGGAGUGAGGCCAGUCUACUGGACUGUAAUCGAAGUGCUGCUCUCUAUGCCUCCAACUGUGAACACAGAGAAGAUGCUGGUGUUAGGUGCCAAGCUAAUUGUGAGCUUGGUUCAGUUCGUCUGGCUGUAGACGAGACGCAGCAGCUCUAUCUCCAGCCAUCCAGCUACCCUCCCUACUAUUAUGUCAAGGGAGAGCUACACAGAGGGAGAGUCACUGUGUGUGAUGACAGUGGUGGCUAUAGGACUCUCAUAGUGUGCGACGACUCAUGGACCGACAACGUCGCUGCUGUCGUCUGCAGAGAGUUGGGGUUUUCACCAUUUGGUGCCAUAGCUCUUCAGAGCUCCAGUUUUCCACUGAGUGAAGACCAUUAUGUUGGGACGGCAGUGCAGGCUGUAGUGUCUGUCAACUGUGCUGGAAGUGAGGCUGGACUUCGUGACUGUACCUGGAUUGAGACAAACAUUGAUAUUGAUGGUAGAUGUUUCAUUGACCAGGUAGCAGAAGCCGUUUGUCAAGACUAUUCUGUGGGAGAGGGGGACUGUACAACAGGUGAUAUGAGACUGGCAGACUUCACCGACUCUCCAGAAGGAGCCACCCGCAGUGGCCAGCUCCAGGUGUGUGUCAAUGGAGCCUGGGGAGCCGUGUGCAGUGAUACUCAGUUUGGCUAUGCCGAGAUGGUCGUGGCCUGUAGCCACAUGGGCUUUUCUACCACAGACCCAGUUCUCAAGAAUCCCAUAAUAGCUCCUGACCUACUUCCUAUAUUCCUGGACUCUCUGUUUUGCUCUGGGUCUGAGGUCACUUUACUGGACUGUCCACCAGCUCCUUAUGGUCUCCACCAGUGCUCUACCAGAGAAACUGUUCACCUCCAGUGUAGAGACACUAAUGAGUGUCAUCUGAGUAAUGGUGGAUGUCAGCAGAACUGUGUCAACACUCUUGGCUCCUACUACUGUAACUGUUACCAGGGAUUCAGCCUGGGCGCAGAUGGUUUCAUCUGUACUGCUGCUGUACACGAAACGCCACGUGGGUCUUCAGUGAGAGGGUUUCUUCUGAACAAGACACAGUGCAAUGGGAGUGAGGAGAGCAUCUUGGAGUGUUCCACUCUGGGAGAUAAGCUAGGCAUCCCUGUGGAGUGUCCGAGUUCCAUGGUGGCAGCCGUUGUCUGUGGAGGAGCACUUGCCCUUGACCCGUCAGUGUUUAGCAGCGAUGGUGUGCCCUCAGAAGUUGGGUUUAGCUGCACUGGGAACGAGACAAACUUGCUGGACUGCUCCACCAGCAUAUCUACCUGCUCCCCACUGCAUCAGGCAGCCGUUCUUUGCCAAGAUCCAGAUACGACCCAUGUUGACAACUGCACCCACGGUAGUCUCCGACUGGUGAAUGGCACCCAUCAGGUUGGAGUGGCUGAAGGAAGAUUGGAGCUCUGUCUCAACCAGGUCUGGGGCACUGUGUGUGGAGAUCAGAUUGGAGUCACUGAGGCCACGGUUGCUUGCAGACAAAUGGAAGGAUUCUCAGAUGAGGGUGCUGUGGUAGUUGAUCUACUUGAAGUAGGCACAGGACCAAUAUUUCUGGAAGAUCUUGUCUGUGAUGGCUCUGAGUCCUCACUGCUGGAGUGUGCAGAGAAGGCAGAUAUUGAUGAGUGUGCUGAUGACCCUUGUGAUUCUAAUGCUGUCUGCAGUAACAUGCAAGGCUCUUUUGAAUGUACAUGUAUCCAUGGAUUCACUGGCAAUGGCACACACUGUGAUGAUGUUGACGAGUGCCUUAGUGACUCCGAUAGCAACUGUACUCAAGGAUGUAACAACACUAGAGGCGGAUACGACUGCUUCUGUUUGGAUGGGUUUCUGUUGAAGUCAGACGGAUACAACUGUGCAGACAUUGAUGAGUGUUACACUGACAUGGAUAACUGCAGCUCUGAUGCUCAGUGUAGCAAUAACGUAGGCAACUAUACCUGUGAAUGCAUUGCGGGAUACACUGGUGAUGGCUUCAACUGCACUGAUAUUGAUGAAUGUAUGGAGGGAACUGGUAACUGUGAUGUCAAUGCUGAAUGUAUCAAUUCAAUUCCACUCUACUCCUGUGAAUGCAGCAGUGGGUAUGACGGAAAUGGAACAGUUUGCGAAGACAUAGAUGAAUGCGUGAGUGGUGAAGAUGACUGUGAUGUGAAUGCCGAGUGUACAAACACAGAUGGUGGCUACAACUGCAGCUGUAGACAAGGCUUUCAUGGCAAUGGAUCUUUUUGUUACUGUGUGGAGGGUCACAGCCAGUUGGUGAAUGGCAGUGUUCCCUCUGAGGGCAGAGUGGAGGUUUGCCAUAACAACAGCUAUGGAACAGUCUGCGAUGAUUUCUGGGACACUCUUGAUGCUCGAGUUGUGUGCAGACAACUUGGAUUUGAUAAUGGAACUGCAGCAGUAGUAGUAGUGGAGUCCUCAGCUGCUGGUGGUGAUCAGUUUGUUCUUGAUGAUGUUCACUGCAAUGGAUCAGAGAGCUCUCUUCUGGACUGCCAACAUUCCCCACUCUAUGUUCAUAACUGCCACUCCACUGAGGUGGCUGGGGUCAGCUGCUACAAUGAGUUAUGUGCAGAAAACUCAAUACGUCUGUUUCUUGGUGACGAUGACAUAGCCUUCUACCAUGGAGAGUUUGAUCCUGCCUUCUACCAUGACAAGGACAGGCUGACCAGGGGACGGGUCGAGUACUGCACUAACCAAACCUACCACGGAAUAUGUGGAGAUGAUUGGAGGCGUGCACAAGCCUCUGUGGUCUGCAGAGAGCUAGGAUUGUCACCAUAUGUAGAUUCUACUGAAGAGGGGAAUUGCAGCACGGGAGAGGUGAGACUCAAUGGGUCCAGUCCACUGGAGGGAAGAGUGGAGAUCUGCAUCAACAAUGCCUGGGGGACCAUAUGUGGCAACCAACUCAGCUCUUCUGACCCUGUAAUCAUCUGUCAGAGCCUCGGAUACCCUUUCACUGAUGCUUACCCCAUCCCACUGCCUGACACUCCCUAUGGCAGUGGGCCCAUCUUCCUAGACAACCUUGACUGUGAUGGGAGUGAAGAGGGAGUCCUCAACUGCCUCUAUUCUGUGGGAGUUCACUCCUGCUCUCAUGACCAAGACGUUGCCGUGAAAUGUGUCGACCGCAACGAGUGUUUACCGGACAAUGGGUACUAUGUUGAUGAGUGUGGUGAAAGUCAAGGUCCUUGCCACAAAAACGCUACCUGUACAAACACCAAUGGGAGCUUCAUCUGUGAAUGCAACCUUGGCUUCUAUGGCUCCGGUGUCAACUGCACAGAAACAUGUAUAGAUGGAGUGGUGGGACUUGUUUCAUCGUCUGAUCUGAUUACUAGUACACCUGGUGGCCAGUUGAGGGCAGGUAGAGUUGAGGUGUGUCUCAACCACAGCACGGGGCGUGUGUGCGACGACAGCCAAUGGGGAGAGGAGGAUGCUGCAGUCGUAUGCCAUCAACUGGGAUUCUCUCUUUAUGGUUCAAGGGUGUUGUUUGAAGAAUAUGCCACCUGUGUCAUUCUACUUGAUCACGUGAACUGCAGUGGCUCUGAAAAUCGCCUGUUUGACUGUCAGUUUACCAUCUCCGACAGUACCUCAGUCAGUGGUGGGUGUCAGGACCAUGCCGGGGUCAUCUGUGAAGAUAACUCCACAGUUUAUUCAAACUGCACCACUGGCGACAUUCGUCUGGCUCAGGGCACCACAAAUUUCAUAGGGGCUGAGAACAGCACGGUCCAAGGGAGGCUGGAGGUGUGUAUCAACCAUGCCUGGGGCUCUGUCUGUGGAGAUGACUUCUUUGACACCAACGACGCUGCCGUCGCCUGCAGACAGCUGGGCGGCCUCACUUUUGAAGAUGGUGGUGUGUAUGGGUUUGCUGUGCCCGGAAGUGGACCGGUGUUCCUGGAGAAGCUCCACUGUGGUGAAGAUGAUGGCUCACUGUUUGACUGCCAGAGUUUCUCUACUGACAAACCAUCCACCUGUGACCACACUAGUGAUGUAGGCAUCCUGUGCAAAGAUAUUGAUGAGUGCUCGCUGCAUGGAGGAAUAUGUGAUCACAUCUGUAACAACAGUGUUGGUGGAUUUGAGUGCGAGUGUCAUCCUGGGUUCGCUGUGGGAGACGACGGCACAACUUGCUUUGAUUUUGAUGAGUGUAACAAUGAGGCGCAUAAUUGUGACUACAAUGCAGUAUGUAACAAUACAAUUGGCAACUACAGCUGCAUAUGCAAUGAUGGAUAUGAAGGAGAGGGCUAUAUGGGGCUAUGUACUGAUAUCGAUGAGUGUCUGGAUCCUUCUCUCGUAUGCCACCAGUUUGCUUACUGUAACAAUACUAUGGGUGGCUAUAACUGCAGCUGUAGACGCGGCUUCACUGGAGAUGGCUUCAACUGUACUGAUGUGGAUGAGUGUGUGACUGGGAGUAAUAACUGUCAUAUGAAUGCUUUGUGCAAUAAUACUGAAGGAAGCUUCAUGUGUAUCUGCUCUGCUGGCUACUCUGGCAGUGGGACAUUUUGUGAAGAUGUUGAUGAGUGUGAGUUAGGAAAUGACCAGUGCCAUCAGGACUAUGGGAUAUGUACCAAUACUGACGGAGGGUAUAACUGUAGCUGCAAGGAUGGAUUUUUGGGGGAUGGAAUAACAUGUGAAAAUAUUGAUGAGUGUCAGAGAAAUGAGGAUGAAUGUCAUGAAGAAGCCGAGUGUAAAGACACUAUUGGGAGCUAUAACUGCACAUGUAAUGCUGGCUACACUGGAGAUGGAUUUAACUGCACUGAUAUUGAUGAAUGUGAGGAGAUGCUACAUGACUGCCACAUAUUUGCCGAGUGCAUCAAUAUUCCUGGUUUCUACAACUGCUGUUGUCUUGAAACCUUUGAAGGAAAUGGGACAUUUUGCACAUGUACAGAUGGGAGAGUGAGACUUGAAAAUGGUUCAUCGAGGGAGGGACGUGUGGAGGUGUGUUUCAAUGGACGAUAUGAUACAGUGUGCGAUGACUUCUGGGAUGAGUUAGAGGCCAGCAUCAUCUGCAGGCAACUCAACUUUACUGUCAAUGAAACCAAUGCAGUCCCAGUGAGGGGAGGUGUGUAUGGAGAGGGUGAGGGGCAAGUCCUCCUGGAUGACCUCCUCUGUCAGGGAGACGAGGAAAACCUCAUGGACUGCUCACAGUACUCUGGUGGCACUCACUCCUGUGACCACUCACAAGAUGCUGGCAUCAGAUGUGAAGCUGCUUGUACAGAGAACAGUGUGAGGCUGAUGCUAGGAGAUGGCAUAGAAUUCUAUCGAACAGUGGAUCACAGGCAGGCAGUGUUUUUCAAUGACACUCUCAGUAGAGGUAGAGUGGAAGUGUGUCGAGGAGGAGAGUUCAGAGCAGUAUGUGCUGAUAGUGGCCACAUGUGGGACAACCAUGAUGCCAUGGUCAUCUGCAGAGAACUGGGUCUUUCUCCUUAUGGUCUGGACACAAAAAGAAGUAACUGUUCUGAUGGAGAUUUACAGCUAGUGGGAGGAGUCAACCCCCGUGAGGGUCGUGUUGAGGUGUGUUUCAGCCAGGCCUGGGGCUCCAUAUGCCCAAACUCAUUCGGUGGUGACGAUGCAGCAGUCAUUUGCCGACAACUAAACCAGACUCUGGGGAAUCUUGGACCAGGAGGUGAGCCAGUUAUCCAGACUGAAUUUGGUCUGGGAGAAGGCCCAGUGUUUCUGGAUGAGCUGAAGUGCACCAGUGACAAUGAGAGGCUGUUAGACUGCCCAUCCCUCUUCUUUCUCUCUCGUUGUAGCCAGCAAGACGUUGGUGUCAGGUGUAAUGAUAUUGAUGACUGUGAGUCUGGUCUCUCCAACUGUGCUGAUAAUGCCCGUUGUGUUGACCAAGUUGAAGGCUUUGGGUGCCAGUGUGUGGAGGGAUACACAGGGGAUGGUUUCAACGACUGUACUAAUAUUGAUGAAUGUGGAAUUGAGCAGGAUCAAUGUGAACACAGCUGCACUGACACCGAAGGAUCAUACAAUUGCACCUGUGGUCCUGGUUUUACUCUAGCCCCUGAUGGUCUCAACUGUCUUGAUGUAGAUGAGUGUGAGACAGUAAGCUGUACUGGUCUUGACCUGGUCUGUGUUAACAACAGAGGGUCAUACUCCUGUCAGUGUAUGCCAGGCUAUAGCAAUUCCUCGGAAUAUAACAACUGCACUAACAUUGAUGAGUGUUCGAUGAACACAACAAUGUGUCAUGACCUGGCACAGUGUGUUAACACAAAUGGCAGCUACACCUGCAAGUGUAUGACUGGCUACGAGGGAAAUGGUGUUGACAACUGCAGUGAUGUAAACGAAUGCAUACUGAAACAUAACUGCAGUAGGUUUGCUGACUGCUCCAAUACUGUUGGAAGCUUCAUGUGCACCUGCCAACAAGGUUAUGUGGAGCAGGCCAAUGGAACCAUAUGCUUGUGUGCAGACUGGGACAUUCGUCUGAUGCAUGGCUCCGUGGACUCGGAGGGAAGAGUGGGGGUCUGUUUCAACAAUGAGUAUGGUGCAGUGUGUGAUGAUCUCUGGGAUGACCUGGAUUCUGGAGUGGUCUGCAGGCAACUGGGAUACAGUGGAACAGUUCAUGAUGCCACCCUCCGAUCACACUUUAGUACAGAGAGGAGAGAUAUAGUACUGGACAAUGUAAUAUGCCAGGGAACAGAGAGCCUUCUCUCUGAAUGCUCUCUGACUCAUAACACCAGUGGCAUCACUAGCUGUGCUGCUACGGAGCAUGCAGGAGUUAGAUGCGGACAGCUAUGUAUGCAGGGUGAAGUGAGGCUCAAUAAUCUCUACACUCCCGAGACCAUUGAGGAUUUUUUCAGAAACCCUCACCAGCUUCAAGACCUGUUCAUCAGAGAGGACAAGAAGGAACUUGCAAGAGGCAAGGUGGAGAUCUGUGUCGAUGGAGUGUGGGGCACUAUUUGUGAGGGAGAGACAUGGAACAACAGUGCAGCCUCCGUGGCCUGUCACCAGUUGGGGUUCUCUCGCUUUGGAGCACUGGAUGGAGAUGUGGCUCUGGCAGAUGAGUCCACUGUGAUCAUGUAUGAGGUCACGUGCAGUGGCUACGAGGACUCUCUCGCCUCUUGUGGACACAGUUUCAGUCCUUCACCAGCCUCUGAAAACCUUGGCUGUGACAAUGCCUUUGUCAUCUGCCAAGAUAUUGCAACUGAAAACGGAAACUGCAACACUGGUGAAGUACGGUUGGUAGAUGGAAUCAUCACUGAGAAUAAAGGAAGGGUUGAAAUCUGUCUCAACAAUGCUUGGGGCACUGUCUGCAACUACCUUUUUGAUAACCUGGAGGCAGAUGUUGUAUGCCGUCAGCUCGGGAUAGCUGAGGGAGCUCACAAUGACUCGAUGGUAUAUGGAGCAGGGAGUGGACCUAUCUUUUUGGAUGGUCUAGACUGCAAAGGGGAGGAGACGACCCUGUUGGAGUGCAAUCCUCAACCCAACCGAGUGUUUAAAUGUACUCAUGAUCAUGAUGUUGGAGUCUCCUGUGAGACACAGUGCUCACAGGGACAGACUACCUCCUCUAGUUAUGGUAACUAUUCUUGGCCUCAAGGCAUACUUGGGAACACCAAUUAUUCCCAGCGGUGCUAUUAUGGCAACCUCCCAUCUCAGUAUGCAAGCUGUCAUGAUAAAAGUGUCAGUGUGCGCAGGUUGUGUGACAGACGAGGGUUCUGGAGAGACCCUGACUACAGUCAGUGUCCCACCCUCAGACGCUGCCAGCUUAUGCAGCUUUCUGUAAUGAUGAUAACAACAGAAACGGCAGUAGAAGUGGCUGAGGAGCUGCAGAUGAUUCUCUCUGGUGCCCCAGCAGAGGACCAGACAGCUGAUAAUGUUGGUAUUGUGGCUAAUGUCCUUGCCACGUUGGCCAGUGGGACUCAGAUCACUGGAGAGGCAUUUGAAAAUGCUGUAACUGUUGUCAGUGAUAUAAUCUCAUGGCCUGAAGACACCCUUGCAGGAAAUUCUUCAAGCAUCGUACAGUCUGUGGAAUGGAUGGUUCAAGGGCUACUGGGUCAAGCUAGCUUCACCCCAGUCACUGUUGUGACGGAUACACUAGAAGUAGUCAUUCAGGAGAAGUCUGCUGAAGACCUAGGAAGAUCAGGAGCAUCAUUUGAGUCAAGCAACAGUGGCUCCCUCUCACUACCCUCUGGAGUCUUUCAGACCAUGGGAACUGGUGCGAGGAUCGCUUUUGCAGCCUAUACCACAGCCUCACUGUUCCCUGUGAGAGAUAUGAAUGAACAAUUCUCCAUUGCAUCUUCUGUUGUUGGUGUGAUCAUUGAUGACAUGAAUACCAGCUCUCUGGCACAAAAUGUCACAAUUUCUCUGUCCAUUACAAAUGGGUCCAAGGUACCACGCUGUAUGUACUGGAAUGAGACCAGUGAUACUUGGGAAGGAUAUGGAUGUACAGUAAGCCGUUAUGAUGAAAAGGCCUCUAAGGUUAACUGCUCUUGUAACCAUCUCACUAAUUUUGGAGUGUUGGCAAACACAGAUCCAGUAACCUGUAAGGAACUGACUCACACUCCAAAUGAUGACUUCACUGAGUGUAUUGAGAGAACUCCAUCAGUUAAUGUGUCUUUAUAUGACAAACUGACAGCCAGUGACUUCACUGCUGAUCCUAACAGUAAUUUAUUUCGUGUUCAAGAAAGCCAGGAGAUUGGUCUGUUGUGUGAAACUGAGCCCCAAUUCACUGCCAACUGGUCCACCUCUAGCAACACAAUGAUUCCAGAGACAAGUGUCGCAGGGGACACCAUACAAUAUCCAACACCAGAGAGUGCUGGUCAAUUCUACGUGCAUCACGUAUCACAGAACGUUGCAGUGCUACUAACACAAGGCCUUUUACUGAGUGACUCUAGUCCUGAUUUAGGAGUCAGCUCAUCUGCUGCUGGUCAGUACAAGUGCGAGGCUAGAAAUGUGGAUGAAACAGACUCUGACACUGUGACAAUUGAAGUCAAUGAAACUGAAUACUAUUCCAGCAAUGUGGUGUACCUGAGAUUCACUUCUGAGAAGACCAACACAGCAGCCACUCAACUUGGACUGGCCUCAGAGCAGAUGGUUUUCCAGUACUACAGCACACUGAUUGUGAUGUCUGCCAACACUGUAUCAAAGGAAGGGUUUUGUGAUCUGGAGUUGAAUGUUUCCACACUGCACGGAAACUACUCCUGGGAGGAGACAGUUGUGGGUGACAACUCGUCCUCUACAUGUCAGUUUGGACCAGAGGAUGGUGUGGACCUCAGCCAGGGGUUUGUACAGAGGGAAUGCCUUGGACCUCAUAUAUGGGCUGAUUACUACGGUGGAUACUGCAUCACAGAAGUGACAGCCAAAAUCCGCGAGCUUGGAAAUAGGACGCUGGCCACAGCUGAGGAUGUAGCUGAUGUGGUUGGUCAGCUGAAUGACAUCUUCAGUGCCACAUCUCCCCAGGAUCAGAGUGAAGGGAACCUGGAGGUAGUGCUCACCAUCUUCUUUGGGGCUGCAGAACUCUCAAACAAUGUGUCCUAUACUGAAACUGGAUCACCAGUGGUGUAUCUUCAUGGCCUUCUGCUGUACUCUUCAACAGUUCAUCCGGGUAAAAUUGUGCGUUCAUUUGAAGUGAUAUCGGAGAAUUUGGUUGGUCAAGAAAACUUUACAAACACUUCAUUUAUAUCUCCAAAUGUUGCCUUGUCAGGAGUACAGAAUGAGACUGAGGAGCUACAGGUGAUGGGAAUAGAUUUUGACUACACACUUCUUAUAUCAGCACUUGGUGGCAGUGAGAUGAAAGUAAAUACCAUGAGCACUGGAAACUCUAGUACUGUAUCAAAUACCUCACUGAGUGAUGGCUCUGGAAGUGGCUCCGAGAGUGGCUCUGGCCAUAGGUCCUCUCCCGUGAAUGUCACUACUGGUAUAUCUGAGGACGUGAGUCCAACUUACCCGGGCAACACUCCUGAGAGUAGUGACGAAACAGAAUUUUACGACGCGAAAAACAUUUCAAUUCACUUACCACCUGCCCUCUUUGAGAAUGUGACAGACACUAGUGUGGGGGUGUUGUUUACCUUCUAUACUGGGCCAGCUCUAUUUCCAGUGAGGAGAUCCUAUGAUGAAGAUUUCCCUGAAGUCAUCAGUCCUGUUAUUGGAGCCUCAUUGGCUGGGCUAGACCCGCCAGUCAAUCUCACUACAAAUGUUACCAUAAUUCUUCCCUUUUCCAAGCUGCUGAAGGAGUCAAAUAUAUCAUCACUGAACACUGCCGUGGUGUGUGUAUCAUGGAACUUCUCUGCUGCAGAUGAAAUGGGGAAUUGGUCUACAUCUGGUUGCAGUUUAAGUGCUGUUGACGAAGAAGACGAAAAUGGAACAGGCAUAGCCACUUGCACUUGCAACCACCUCACCAACUUUGCAAUUCUCGUGAACAUUGACGCCAGGGAGAAGGGAAAAGAUGAGGAAGACAUUGGAAUAUCCAUCCUCAGCUAUAUUGGAGUGUCGCUAUCAAUUACUGGGAUAAUUAUCAGCCUUAUCACUCUAAUUGGAGCAAAAGUAGAGAUUAUACAAGACAUUUUCAAAUCCGAUCAAACCUCAGUGUGUUUCUUCGUUGCAGUGCUUCCUCUACCAUUAAUUAUCUCCGCCAUUGGAACCAUGGGAACUAAAAACAACUACAUGAUACACAUCCAGAGGGAGGCCAAUCAUACACUCGGAACGGAUUCAGUCUCGGGAUAUUGCUUUGUGAGUGACCUGAGGCUACUGGCUGGAGUGGUGUUGGCCCCAAUGGUCCUGGUGAUGCUCUUCAACAUCUUCAUGCUGGUGGUCGCAUUCCGUGUCAUUGUCCAACAGAAUAAGAAGAAGCUGUUUCAGGGAGGGGAUCGCCAUUUGAUGAAGAUGACUGUUAGGAACAUUGUCAGUCUGGUAUGGCUCAUUGUUCUCUUUGGAGUUGGGUGGCUCUUUGGUCUGUUGACAAUUCGUGAAGUCUCAAGAAUUUUCCAGUACCUGUUUGUGAUUCUAAAUGCUUUUCAAGGCUUCUACUUUUUCCUAUUCAUUGUUCUCAACCAAAAAGAGGCCAGAAACUUUUGGUCGGGUUUUUUAACUAGAGGUUUGUUUAAGUCUUCAAGGCUCAUGACAUCACACAACAAAGUUUAUGGGAACAGUAGUGACUACAAGCUACGAGGGAACCAAGGAUACCUUACUGCGCUGCCUGCAAACACCAACCCCAAAAGGAAUCAAUUAGUGAAUUACUUGACUCUCCCGGAUCCUGCUACAUUAUAUGCUUCAGAAUCCUUUGUCAGUGCAAACGAUGGUGCUCUUGAGCCAGACAACAUUCCUCUCCAGCCUGUACGCACCAUCAGACAGGGAAGUGCUGUAGUUGACGACUCUUGCAUCGAGGUCACCACUUACUUUGAUGACGAGGAAGACAUGGAACAUACUGGCAUAAUAGUGAACAAAAAUUCAACAUUGGAUGAAAUGCUGCCAAUUCCAGGGUUAGAUAGUACAAGUUCUGUAUCUGACACGAAGAAUCCUGCUCGCACGGAAAGUGAACAUGCAACUAUUGAGAAUGAUGACACUCCCACUCCUCCAAAGAGACGUAAAAGAAAACAACGCCGUGUGAGUGAGGCAGAUAUCAAUGAAAACGACCAAUACAAGCCAAAACACCAUAAAAGCAAGACUAUUGCUUCAGUUGCCACCAGAAAGACAGAGCCAGUUGCUAACAGUGGAAGAGAAAACGGUGUAAUGUCAGCUGUAGAGAAUGGAGCGAGUUUCAGGAUGGGUGCUGCUGUUCUGCGUCAAACCAAAGUAACCAGUUUUGGCGAGCACCGAAUAUCACGCCAGAAGAAAGUGGUGGAGCCUCUGCAAGCCCCUUUUGAGAUCCCCAACCCUCUUUACUCCAAAGAGGAAUGAGACAAUACCUUGAACUCCAACAAAAAUUGCUAAGUAUAAUUAUCGUGAAUAAGUAAUCAUAUUGAGGUAAUUAGUGAUGUAUGUAUACACGUGCAACAUAUGUGCACGCCACUGUACCAUUAUACUGUAGUUGAACAAAAUUUAAGAUGUGUCUUGUUCAGUAUGUACACCCAGCCGAGAAAAUAAUAC